AUGGCCAUUCAACAUCCUUUGACUUUGGCCUUUGGCCUCUUAGGCAACAUCAUCUCCUUCUUGGUCUUCCUUGCUCCAGUGCCAACAUUUUAUACAGUAUACAAGAGAAAAACUGCUGAAGGGUUUCAAGCACUUCCUUAUGUACUCGCCCUCUUGAGUUCAAUGCUGUACAUAUACUAUGCUCUCCUCAAAGAAGAGUUCAAAGAAGAUGCCGCUUUUCUCAUCACAAUCAACUCAUUUGGCUGCGUCGUAGAGACUCUCUACAUUUCCCUAUUUCUUUUCUAUGCCCCUAAGAAGGCCAGGAUCUCAACCCUGAGGCUUGUGUUCUUAUUGAACGUUUUCGGUUACGGCUUGAUGAUGCUUUUGACUCGCUUUCUAGCCACAGGUGAAAUACGGCUUAAGAUUGUGGGAUGGAUUUGUCUUGUCUUCAGUCUAAGCGUAUUCGUUGCACCUCUUGGCGUCCUGAGACAAGUAAUACGGACCAAGAGUGUUGAGUUCAUGCCAUUUCCAUUAUCAUUUUUCCUAACAUUAGGUGCUGUCACGUGGUUCUUCUAUGGUCUUCUGAUCAAGGACUACAACAUAGCUUUUCCAAACAUACUGGGCUUCCUCUUUGGGAUUGCUCAAAUGGUGCUUUACAUAGUCUACAAGAACACCAAGAAAGUUCUGGAGGAGCAGCCGAAAGUGCAAGAAUUAUCAGAACAUAUUAUUGAUGUGGUGAAGAUCAGUUCCCUGGUGUGCCCAGAACUGAGCCCAGUGGUUCUGCAGCCAAAUCUGGAUAUUACAAAUGACAUGAUCGAAGCGGUUCAGAAUAUAAUCGUGAUGGCUGAAAAGACUGAAGAAGCCAAGGAAGCCAUGGAUAUUGAUGCCUCCACCAAAGUUUAA